GACAGCAAUCGCAUGCUGAUUUUUGUAGGUUAUAUUUAUGGAAACAAAUCGAUUUUAGAAUCAACAAAAAUGGAUAUAGACAGUGAUUUACCAAGUUGUGUACAGGCGAAACUUAAGUCAGAUACUGGAGAAGAAACUGGAAGUCCUCUCGACUUGCCAUUGAAUAUAACCAGAGAUCAAUUACAGUUGAUAUGUAAUGCUCUUCUUCAAGAGGAAGAUAAACCCUUUCUGUUCUUUGUCAAAGAUGUGGAAAUAACAUCUACGCUGCAAGAUGCACUCGACUUGAAAAUUUUAAAUUCUGAAGAAGUAAUAGAAAUAAUAUAUCAACAGCAAGCCGUAUUUAGAGUAAGACCAGUAACUAGGUGUACCAGUUCUAUACCUGGACAUGCUGAAGCAGUAAUAUCUACACAUUUUAGUCCUUCUGGGAAACAACUAGCUAGUGGGUCGGGAGACACUACUGUUAGAUUUUGGGAUUUGCACACCCAGACGCCAUUGCACGAGUGUAAAGGUCACACAAACUGGGUGUUAUGUAUAAGCUGGUCCCCAGAUGGUUUAAAACUGGCGUCAGCAUGCAAGCAAGGAAGAAUAAUCAUAUGGGACCCACAAACAGGCAAACAGAUUGGAAGAACUAUGACAGGCCAUAGGCAAUGGGUUACAGCCUUAGCUUGGGAGCCAUAUCAUAGGAACUCUGAAUGUAGAAAAUUAGCUAGCUCAUCUAAAGAUGGUGACGUUAGGAUAUGGGACACAGUGACCGGACUCACCAUUCUCAGCUUAACCGGACAUUCCAAGGCUGUGACUUCUGUGAAAUGGGGUGGCAGUGGACUCAUAUACACAUCUUCCCAGGAUAGAACCAUCAAGGUUUGGCGUGCAGAUGAUGGAGUACUAUGUAGGAUCCUUGAAGGACAUGCCCAUUGGGUGAACACAUUGGCAUUAAGUACCGACUAUGUGUUAAGGACUGGCCCGUUCCAUCCAGUGAUGGACCAGCAAGGAACUACCAGUGACAAAAACAUUCUUCAACAACGCGCCCUGGAGAGGUACGAAGCUGUAUGCAAACAAGGUGCUGAAAAGCUGGUGUCUGGCUCUGAUGACUUCACACUCUUCCUGUGGCUUCCGGAGAAGGAUAAAAAGCCAUUGGCGCGGAUGACAGGCCAUCAACAGCUCAUUAAUGAUGUGAAGUUUUCACCUGAUACUAGGAUGAUAGCAUCAGCAUCUUUUGAUAAGUCUGUAAAGCUGUGGGAAGCUGCAACUGGAAAGUUUAUCACCACACUACGAGGACAUGUGCAGGCUGUAUAUAUGGUGGCAUGGUCAGCAGACUCCAGGCUGCUCCUCAGUUCUAGUGCUGACUCUACUUUGAAAGUGUGGAACAUAAAAACCAAGAAACUAGAAUUAGAUUUGCCAGGGCAUGCAGAUGAAGUGUAUGCAGUGGAUUGGUCACCAGAUGGUGCAUAUGUGGCUUCAGGAGGCAAAGACAAAGUUUUAAAAUUGUGGCAACAUUGAAACCUCAUCUUAAUUGUUAAGAAUCCUUUAUUUAUAGAAAUAAAAUGUUACAAUAAUUUUGUAAAGGUACAUUAAACAGAUGUUACUUGA